AGUGUGGUCAUAUAAACAGGCGUCUUAUUCGGGUCUGCUUUUGUUUUUAACAUUGACAAUGGAGGUUGGAGCAAUAAUUUCACAAACGUCUGCAACGCCCAGUCUCUCAUCCUAGCAGAAAUGGCGACGUCGCAACAAGCUCCGCGCCCAUUGGCUGAAUGCUCAGGAUGGUGUGUGAGAAAACAAACACGAGCAUGAGGCCUCAGUGCGGGACGUGGUGCUUCACGCUCCUCCUGCCUUUGUGGUGAGAUGAAGAGUCCCCCUCAUUUCCACUAUCCCGGGUGACUCGCUGAGGACAAUGUGGGGAUUAAGAGUUGACGUUUGGAUUUGGCUCGUGCUCAUUGCAGGUUGUGUCUGUGAUGAGCAGGUCGGAGGAUGCGAUGAGCAGCCAUGUCAGAACGGAGGCAUCUGUCAGAGUCACAAUGGGACUUUCAGCUGCCUCUGCUCCCAGGAGAGCCUGAGCGGGCGCCUCUACGGCGGCGACACCUGCACCGUCGCACUGACUGGGUGUGACGGCAGCCAGUGUGAGAACGCCGGCGUUUGCUCCCCUCUCUUCCUGAAUCAUCAGCACACGUACGCAUGCAUCUGCAGGCCUGGAUUCUCAGGCCCCAAGUGUCAGACCUCCACCACCUUUUCGUUUGAGUCCAGAGGCUUUCUUCAGAUAUCGACGCAGCAAACCGACCCCCUGGCUCCUCUGAAUGUAACAUUCAGCUUCCGGACAGACAGACCUGUGGGGAGCCUCCUUCAAAGAAGAGCGGGAGACCUUCUCCUCAGCGUCCAGUUGAUGGAGGGGCGUCUAAGCCUGCGGAGCCUGAGAGCACAAGGAACCUCCACGGUGGUUCAGGAGCUUCCAGCGUUCCUGUCCAACAAUCGAUGGCACACCGUGGAGGCCUCGCUUGGCGGGGUCAUCAGCCUGAUCCGACUGCUGUGCUCGGAAGGAAACUGCACCCAACAGCCUGGAGAUCCCAAAGUCCUUCAGCAGUCCUCCACUGCUCUCAAAUCAAAGUCUGUCCGCCAGACUCUUGUCAUCGGGGUCGACUCCGGACAAGACGGCCCACCGGCUUUCCUGGGCUGCAUCAGAGACCUGUUUGUGGACUCACACCUGGUGGUGGCAGAUUCUCACGCUCAGGUGAACGUCACCGUGGGAUGCAGCAACAAAGACAAAUGUGAGGAGAGUCCCUGUCAGAACCGGGGGCGGUGUGUGAGCCAGGGCUGGAGAAGAUACACCUGUGAGUGCCUCCGACCCUACGAAGGCCCAAACUGUGCAGAAGAGUACGUUACUGCCAGGUUUGGAGGUGACAACCUGGAGAGCUACGCUAUCUUUUCACUCAACAACGACCCUGAAGACACUCUGACCAUCUCCAUGUUUAUCCGGACCCGACAGCCCACUGGCCUCCUGCUGAUCCUGGCUAACAGCACCAGCCAGUACCUCCGUGUUUGGCUCGACUCAGGAAAGAUCAAAGUUCAGGUGAACAACUUUGAGUCCAUCAUGGGCGAGGGGGAGGUCAACGACGGCCAAUUCCAUCUGGUCAGUGUGAAGCUGGAGGGGGCGAUGGCCAUGCUGUACCAGUCGUCCCAGACUCAUGGCUCUGUGCGCAUCAGGCACGUUCAUGCUCGCUCUGGAGAUCUGGUUUUCGUGGGUGGCCUGCCGGACCCGAGGGCCUCGGCAUCUUUUGGGGGCUACUUUAAGGGCUGUGUUCAGGAUCUGAGGUUCAACAACAAGCGCCUGCAGUUCUACCCCGUCACCACACGAGUGGAAUCCCACAACCUGCAGCAGCUGAUGAGAGUCACACAAGGCUGCGGCAGUAACAACGCCUGCACAGUCAACCCUUGUCUGAAUGGAGGAGUGUGCUACUCCAUGUGGGACGACUUUAUCUGCAGCUGUCCGCCCAACACUGCCGGCCGGCGCUGCGAGGAGGUGAAGUGGUGCGAGCUAUUGCCGUGUCCCACCAGCACCGUCUGCCAGCCGCGACCAUCAGGGUUUGAGUGUUUGUCUAAUGUGACCUUCCGUGCUGGAAGCGAGAGACUGCGCCUCCAGAGCAAUGGGAGGAUCCAACAGAAGGUCGACGACGUGUCUCUUUCGUUUCGUAGCCGACAGACAUCGGCUGUUCUGCUGCAGGCGAAGAAGGACUCGACGGUGUUCAGCCUCUCCCUGCAGGACUCUGUCGUGGUCAUGAAGCUUCAGAGUGGCUUCAGUUUGGGGUCACCAGUGAGCGUGAUGCAGAGCAGAAGCUCAGUGAACGACGGAGAGUGGCACUCUGUCAACAUCAGCCGUCACAUGUCAAAGUGGGUCAUGGCUGUGGAUGGGGUUGAGGAGGACAGUGUGGCCUCCUUGGAUUUGGAGUUUCUCAAGGAUGGUGCUGAUAUCGUUCUCGGGGGGCGGCAGGUGGCUGAGAAGGCCGACCUUUCUGGGUGUUUAGGCCCAGUUGAGAUCGGUGGCAUCCUGCUUCCUUUCCACUUGGACACGGAGCUGAAGCUCCCCAGGCCUCAGGAGGGGCAGUUCCACCGGGUGGACCUUGACACGGCGCCACAGUUCGGCUGCUGGGGGGCCACGGUGUGUGUUCCGAACCCUUGUCAGAAUGAGGGGACAUGCAAGGACGAAUUCGACAAGCAGUCUUGUGUGUGUACGUCUGAGUGGACCGGUCCUCUGUGCCAGGAGCCAACAGACUCCUGCCACUACAGCCCUUGCAUUUUUGGCAACUGCACUAACAAGGACGGCGGAUACAGGUGUUCGUGUGAGCCGGGGUACACUGGGGAGCAGUGUGAGCGAGAAAUGGAUGUGUGUGAGAACAAUAACUGCAGCAGCGGCGCCACGUGUCUCAGAGGGCACCAGAACUACGCAUGCCUCUGCCCUCAGAACUGGACCGGGGUAUUCUGCAAUGAGAAAAUUCCAGAGAUUCCCUGGUACAUCGAGGCCAAAACUCUUCCACAGUUCCCAGUAUCUGUGUGCACAGGAACAAGACGGAACUACAGCUGCUUCAACGGCGGGAACUGCUCAAACGCUGGAAAGCUCUGCACCUGUCAGUCUGGAUUCACGGGACAGUGGUGCGAGAAGGAUGUGGACGAAUGUGCCUCGGGUCCGUGCAUGAACGGCGGCUUCUGUCUCAACUACAUCAACAGCUUCGAGUGCGUGUGUGACAUCAACUAUUCGGGGGUUCACUGUCAAAUGGACGUCAGCGACUUCUACUUGUACAUCUUUCUGGGUUUGUGGCAGAACCUGUUCCAGCUGGUGUCCUACCUGGUCAUCCGGCUGGACGACGAGCCGGAAAUCGAGUGGGUGUUCAACAUAAACGAUUAGAAAUAAUGCAGCAGCAAGGUGGAAAUGGACGAAGGUGGAUGACAUGACAUGACCUUUGUGGCGGCAAAUUUAUAUUGAAAUAAUAUUUAAACUGUUUAUUUUUUAAACUGUCCGUGUGCAGUAUAAAACACAGAACGCAGUUUAGGAAUAUUCUAAAUGUUUCUAAUCUACAAUACGUUUUGUGUUUCAAAAAAAAUGUAUCCAGAUGAAGAGUACUGUCAGAACAUUGUGUUACAAUGUGCCUUAACAUCACAUCUUUCUGUUGAAGUUCAGCCAUCAGUUUAGAUUGUUAGUGUCUGACUGGAGGAGAAAAGUCAGAGUGGUGACUUUGUUGUGAACAGAACCACAUGAUAAACUUCAUGAGAAAUCU